AUGGAAAGCAAAAAUGGUAGCAAGCAACUCAUCACUGACAAGGAAGCAAUCAAAGCGAUGGUAUCUGGCCGACGAAAUCAGUUACCGGAUGGACAGCAACAAAAAACAUUUACAUUUGACUGGACAUCCCAUCCAGUAUCCAAGUACGUUGAAGAUGACAUUGCCCGCCAAGUUGUCAAGCGCGGACACUAUGGUCGCAUGACAGAAGGAGAAACCAAAGUUCUCUCCAAGUAUAUUCAAACAUCUUCUUCUGAGAUGACACUCGAACAAGCAAGGUCAUUGAGGUCCGCCCUACUCCAAGAAAAGGCGAUGAGUCGUCAUCACAUUCUGAAUUCCAAAGCCAAGGAGAUUACUGUGCGAUACAAACGUGGCCAAGGUGUUCUUUCGUUGUCCAAUCAGUAUGACUGUCCUCCAGUAAAUCUGUUUCGCGCCAUUCUAUCCACGAGGGGAUAUUCCAAGGCGGAUAUCAAAGAUUGUGUUCAACAUCCCGAAGUUUCUGAGCUGAACAAACGGGACCGUCGCCAACUUUCAAUUGCUACCCAAGCCGAUGUUGUAUCCAAUCCGGAUCGUGAUUAUGGUCACGAAAAGGGAGCAGUUUUUGAAUCCAUUACAGCCAAAUUCUUGAAGGAUUUGGGCAUAGCAUUUGUCGUUCAAGAUGAUUUGGUGGAGGAGCAACGUGAACUCUUUGGGAAAACGGUCGCCUCGCCUGACUUUCUACUUCUAGACGAGGUAACCAUCAAUGGACAAAGUGUGCGAUGGAUCGAUGCAAAGGCGUUCUACGGGGCAAAUGUCAAAUGCCGAAAGAGAACGGCCAAGAGGCAGGCAAACAAGUAUUGUGAAUUCUGGGGCAGUGGUGCUGUUCUCUUCUUGGAAGGCUUUAGUGCUAACCUUACCGGUAGUAUCGAUGAAUGCAUGUUUCUUUCGGCAAGAGAUAUCAUGACCGAAUACUAUUUCCAACCAUUGGUGGAGCUAAAGGAGAAACAACAUUAG